GUUGAGCAACCGGGAAUUUGUAGCAGUGAUGAAGAAUCGGUUACUUCGUGGCCUGGAAAAACCGAAAGAUACCGGGUUUGUCAAGUUGAUGCACUCGAUUCUCAAAUGUGCCAAAGAUACCAAACCCGUAUUGCUGGAUUUGAGCCCCGUGGAACGUGCAACACCUUAGACCGAAAUGCUUCCAGAAACGCUUGUGUUCGGAAUAGCGUUACUGAUCACGGGCGUCAUACUUUUCCUGCUGAUUUAUUUUGUAAUAAUCCUUUCCGACCUGGAGUGUGACUAUCUCAAUGCCCAACAGUGUUGUUCCAAGUUGAAUUUCUGGGUCGUACCGAGGCUGUCGGCCCACUGCUUUCUGGCGUUUAUCCUACUAAUGAAUGGGAGCUGGUUUCUGUUCAUCGCCAAUCUGCCGAUGAUUGGAUGGCAAGUGUAUGACCUCGUAAAAGUUCCCUCCGGAAAUUUGGGAAUUUUCGAUCCGGCCGAAAUUCACAACCGUGGCAUGGUGAAAAAGCACAUGCGGGACACAAUGAUUGGGCUGGGAUUUUACAUGAUAAUAUUCUUCGUGUAUCUGUACUGUAUGAUUAUUGCUAUGUUGAAAGGUGAUCCUAUCAAGCGACAUGAGGAGGAGGAAAUAAUUACGGAUUUCUAGCCCAUGAUGAACGAGCUCAGCCCGAUGACUCGAAAACGAUUUAGACUAUAGACGUAAGUGGCUCUUCCUGUUAGUAUAUCAUCGUCUCAUAUUUAUUUAAUUUUUUAUAUUUAAAAAAUACUCAAAGCUAAGCUAUGUUUAUCAAUAAUUAAAAUUAACGGUAGUUCCAUACCACCAGUGAGAUAAUAAAAACACCUAGAAAUACACUUGCAUCAUCAAGAAAAACCAAAGUAAAAUAAAUGUGUGAGUGAUAAUGAACAAACAAUA